GGUCUUAUUCACCUACCUGUACACAUCUUCCAGUUGUCGGAUAGGUCAGAACCAUUCGUCGUUUUGUGUGCAUGCUCGCGCGUACAUGAACAGCCUGAUGACGUAUGUGGAUUAAAAACCUGGCGCUUUAAUUCAUUCAUCUCCCCUGUGUGUUUCAACACCGUCAUGACGUCACACCAGGUCGGCUCCUUGCCCCCCCUGUUGGUUCUCCACAUUGAUCGAGCCUAUACGCUAUUUCCUGCAGAUCUGAUGUCGUGGGUCGAUACUACGCUGCGUGCAGCUCACAGCCCAUAACCCUCCCCUUCUCCUCCUCUCCAUCCCCACGCCCCGUCUGUUCCCACUGAAUGAAGAAUUAGUUUUUCUUUUCAACCAUUUAUUUCUCAUUUUUUGUCACACUGGCUCACAUUGGUAGCAAUGUGAGCUGAGAACGCUGCUGCUCGUGUUCAAAAAAGAAUCAUAAUGGAGAUUUAAGCGAAACGAAAAGAAGAACCAAAGCAUCAGUCUCCUCCUGCAUCUCUUCCGCCACUGGGAUCAUGAUCCACCUCAAACCAUGGCGAGUCCUGCUCCUUUUAACCAUGCUGUGUCAACCAGCGAUGUCAGACAAAUACGGUUGCCUGUUUGAGAGAAAGCUGUGCACGAGGGAUCAGUUCUGCUCGGAUGACGGGCUGUUUGGUCAGUGUCGUAGCUCUAAGCAGGACCAGAUCCAGUACCAGGUGUCAGUUCCUGUUCUGAAGAGGAUGCAGGAUGUUCUCAAGCAGCUCAUGCAACGAGGUCUUUCCUGGCAAGAUGACAUCACCCAGUAUAUUUUAUCAAUGGAGCUGAAGAGAGUUCCCCACACCACCCAACCCCAUAAGCCGAACACCUCCUCCUCUUCCUCCUCUUCCUCCUCCUCUCAUUCCUCUCAGUCCAAACAGCAUAUCCCUCAGCACCACAGCUCUAAGUCUGGGUCCACAGCACCUGGUGGCAACUAUCUGGACUACAUGAUAGUAGAGCCUCCUCAGACCCCACUGCGCAUGCAGACAGCCUCAAUGGACCCAUACACAUACCACCAGCAUAGAUACCAGGAUGAAGUGGAGAGAUCACUCAUUGGAGCAGGAGGUGGCUAUGCCCGCCCUUCUUCAAGGUCCCAGGCCAAUCAGAGAGAGCAAGAACGUGAGAGGCAGCUGCUACAGGAAGCCCUGUCUCUGUACCUGGCAUCUCCACAGCCAUCCUACCGCCACCGAGGUCCUGCUUCCAUGGCCCCUGCAGGUCUGCCUUAUUAUGAGGAAUUGGACCUGGAGAUACCAGUGGACUAUGCAGAGGAGUACACCCUAGAAGAGAGACUUGACACUGCUGGAAGGCAACAAGCGAUGCAGAAUAAGAAAGUGCCUCAGGACUUUAGUGCUCUGUCUGGAAACAGUGAUGGCCUGCUUCAGAGGAUGUCGGGGGUCCUGCAGAGGUAUGGAGCUGACCCAAGAGAGCUCAGCCAAGAGCAGCUCUACAAGCUGGCCCUCAUUCUGCAGCUGCUGCAGGCCCAGGAAAAAACAGAUCCAAUUGAAAAAGACCUCAUCGCCCUCAAGGAGAUGCAGCUGUUAAAAACAGACACUGUGUCUAAUAAGCCUGAGAAGAAACCCUCCACUGCCUCUCGUCCCCCUGAGGCCCCACUUGCCCCCUCCUCACUCUCAGUCCCAGCUACAGCUCCAGCAAAGAGCGCCAGCCUCCCCCCUUCUGCCUCCCAGCCCCCUCGGGCCGCUCCUGUUGAAGCUGGACACGGCUCCAAGGAGCAGGGGCCACCACUUGUUGAGGGGACAGGAGGCAAGGAGGAGUAUGGGUACAUUGUUACCAACCAGAGUCCUCUGAGUUUGUAUGACGGAGUGAAGCUAUUGGAGCUCCUGGCUGAUAAGAUACACCUGACAACCAGCAGCUUCAUCAACAUCAGUGUGGUGGGUCCUGCACUGACAUUCCGUAUCCGCCAGAAUGAGCACAACAUGACGGCUGCAGAGGUGGCUGCUAAAGCUGUAUCUGAAAAGACCUUCCUGGAGUCUGAGACAGGCCUGAAGAUCGUACAAACUGGUGUGGGAGAGAGGACGGAUGCACGGGGUCUCCCUCAGGUUUCCAGGGUUUCCCAAGGGUCCAGCGGGACAGUCAUCACCCUUGUUUCCAUGGCAGUCGUAGGUGGUGUGCUGGUAUUGGCCAUGGCGGUAGCUUGUUUCAAGCACUACAAUCAGCAAGUAGCCAAUGGAAAGCUCGGUUUAGGGCCAGAGGGAGGAGCAGAAACACACUUUGACUAUCAGGAGCUGUGUCGGCAGCACAUGGCCUCUAAGUCCUCCCUCUGUCGUCAGGACUGUGUGGGCAGCAGCAUGGCCGGGUCCGCCAUACCCACAGGUGCAGGCGGUCGAAGGGGUACCGACACCUCUCGUGUCAGCAGCGUCUCCUCCCAGUUUAGUGAUGGCCCCCAGCACAGUCCAUCCUCCACCCACAGCUCCACGCCAUCCUGGAGUGAAGAGCCUGCUCAGUCUAACAUGGACAUCUCUACUGGUCACAUGAUACUGGCUUACAUGGAGGAUCACCUGCGUAAUAAAGAUCGCCUGCAGAAGGAGUGGGAGGCUUUGUGCUCCUACCAGGCUGACCCCAGUUCAGUCGCUGUGGCUCAAACACCAAGCAACAUGGACAAAAACAGACACGCUGAAUCCCUCCCCUAUGAUCACACACGAGUGAAGCUGAAGCCUGAAGUAAACCCCAGUAAACACGACUACAUCAAUGCCAGCUCCAUUUGUGAUCAUGACCCUCGCCAGCCAGCUUACAUUGCCACACAGGGACCCAUGGCUCACACUGUGGCUGAUUUCUGGCAGAUGGUGUGGGAGAACGGCUGCACGGUGAUAGUGAUGAUGUCAGCUCUGGUGGAAGAUGGAGAGAAACAGUGCGAACGAUACUGGCCUGACGAGGGCUCUUCACUCUACCACAUCUAUGAGGUGAACCUGGUGUCAGAGCACAUCUGGUGUAAGGACUUCCUGGUGCGUAGCUUCUACCUCAAGAACGUCCAGACGCAGGAGACUAGAACUCUGACGCAGUUCCACCUUCUGAGUUGGCCGGCUGACGGCAUCCCCACCUCCACAAGACCCCUGCUCGACUUCCGCAGAAAGGUGAAUAAAUGCUACAGAGGUCGCUCCUGUCCGAUCAUUGUUCACUGCAGUGACGGCACUAGCAGGACUGGCACCUACAUCCUCAUAGACAUGGUGCUGAACCGCAUGGCCAAGGGAGUGAAGGAGAUCGACAUUGCAGCUUCACUGGAGCACAUCAGAGACCAGAGACCUGGCUUGGUCCGCACAAAGGACCAGUUUGAGUUUGCGCUGACAGCAGUAGCAGAGGAGGUGAACGCCAUCUUGAAAGCUCUGCCACAGUGAGGACAUGCACAGAGACAAACAGUCAUGUGGAUAUGCACAUACGAUCCAGCCAUGUCAGUCAGGUCAUCACUGUAAAUAAGAAUUUGCUCCACCACACCUGGAGCGGGUACUGCCCUUAUUAUCAGCAUGCAGUAUUUUACCAGCUUCUCAUCCUCUGGGUUUCAAAUGUUUUGGACCUUAAUUAACACAACAGACAUAUUUUUGCUGUCAUGGCACAGAUAUGAUGAACCUACUUCACAUACCAUCUCACCUGAUGUAAAGAGUUCAAAUUUGCAAACACAGUGCCUCUGUUAAUCCAAAUAAAACGUCCAUGAUAAUUUCUACACUCGUCUGGCAGGACAUUUCCCCCUGACUUGAACAGUUUGGCUAUUUCUGUGCUAACUUCUUGGACUGAUGUUGAAUAAUGUUAAAUCCUUUCACAUUUCUGAGACAGCCAUUCUCCUGAUAUGACUUUGUUCUGUUUUCUCCCUCUUGAAUGUGCUGGUUCAUGUCUGCCAGAGCUCUGUAUGCUACUGUCUGGUGUGUGUUGACCUCUGGCAAGUUUUUAUUUGUCCACGCCUUGACAUCAUGAUUGUUUGCUUCAGACACUGGCCCUUUGUGGAUGCUGUACACUGACCACACAGCACACACCACCCUCUCUCUCUCUCUCUCUCUGGGUUUCUUUGUUGUCUUUCUGUGUACAACCUUGUGAUUUAUGUAAAUAAUCAACCUGAUGAUAGUGUUUAUUUCAUGUAGCAGACAGAUGGAAAAUAUCUAUAAAAAUGUAUUUUUGACUUGAAUAAAUUUGUGAUGUGAUGCAGCAA